AUGCGUUGGCCCCUGCGAAACCAGAUCAUGCUGCCGAUGGUGGGUGUGAUCGUGGCUACCCUGUUCGCGGUGAGUGGCCUCAACGCCUACUUCUCGGUGCAAAGCACCCAGCGACGCAUAGAGAACGAAUUGAACCAAGUGGCUGAAACUUUGUCCGACUCAAGCUUUCCAGUCACCGACUCGGUGCUGCAAAAAAUGCGAGGCCUAUCCGGUGCAGAGUUCGUGGUCAUGCAGGGCGACUUUCGCAUCGUUUCCUCGAGUUCGCCCGAAGGCGAAUUCCAAGGCCUGCAGGAACAUCCAGACAUUUCUUCCGACGCAGCUUCCGUCUUCAGCAACACCAUUGCGUUGGGAGACAGGCGGUACUUUCACCGUGCCCUCGAAGUAAAGCUUUCCAGCACCGCCGGUCGCCCGACCACACUGCACAUUCUUUAUCCCGAAGCCAGCUACAACGAGGCCCUCCGAGAAGCCAUCCGUACGCCGCUGCUGGUCGGCUCGGGUGCCAUCGUCUUAGUCGUCGCCCUAGCCAUGGGCAUCGCCUCACGUGUCACUCGCCCGCUACGUCAACUGAAGCGCCAAGUGGGGAACAUUGCCCAAGGCGAUUUUCGCGCAUUGCCAGUCCCUCGACGCGACGACGAAAUCGCCGAUCUCAGCCGUUCGAUCAAUCGCAUGGCCACCAUGCUGGCCCGCUACGAAGGGGAAGUUCGCCAGAAUGAACGUCUCCGCACGCUGGGGCAAUUAGGUGGAGGCAUCGCACAUCAAAUUCGCAACUCGGUCACUGGCUGCUUGAUGGCUGUCGAGCUGCACGAGCGAAAAUGCCAUGUCGACGAAGAUCAAGAAGGCCUGGCCGUGGCAAAACGGCAGCUCGAACUCAUGGAACGUUAUCUGCAACGGUUCCUCGGGCUGGGACGCAGCGCAGACACACCACACGCCCCCACCAAUCUCAUCGAAGUCGUCGAUAACGUGCUCUCUCUUGUCUCGCCGACCGCCCGACACGUCGCGGUUCAAAUCAACUGGGAGCCUCCCAGCGAACCGGUCGUAAUCGAGGGCGAUGCCAACCUCUUGGAACAGAUGCUGGUCAACCUUAUGCUCAAUGCCAUUGAGGCCGCCUCGCAGGCUGCGGAUUCACUCACGCGGGAGGUCAGCAUUUCGCUCGCCAGCAACAACCAGCAAGCCACGUUAGAAGUGAGCGACUCGGGCAUGGGACCGGCCGCAGAAGUGCAAGCUCAACUGUUCGACCCGUUCAUCACCGAAAAGCCCGACGGGGUUGGCCUGGGUCUGUCGGUCGUCAAAGAAAUUGUCAGUUCACAUGGGGGCAACAUCCACUGGAAACGCGAUGACGCGGUGUCGAAGCUCUUAGUCGUCGACGACGAACAAAGCAUCUGCUGGGGUUUAAGUCAGCUUGGCGAAAGCAUCGGACACGAAGUCGUGACCGCCUCGUCGGCCGAGCAAGCCCUUCAGCUCACCGAACGCAUGUGCCCCGACGCCAUCGUGUUGGACGUACGCUUGCCCGGCAUGGAUGGCUUGGCCGCCAUGAAGCAUCUCCGCGAGCGGGUGGGCGAGGUACCCGUCAUCGUCAUCACCGCGUACGGCGAUUUAGACACCGCGGUUCAAGCCGUACGUAACGGCGCAUUCGAAUACAUCGUCAAGCCGUUCAAUCUCGACAAAGUACAAAGCGCCCUUACUCGGGCUCUGGUGACUCACGAGAAGACUACACCCCAACACAAACCCUCGGGCGGAGUUCACGGGCUCAUUGGGCAUUCGCUCGCCAUGCAAGAAGUCUUCAACCAAAUUGCCCUUUCGGCCGCCGCCGAUACCAGCGUGUUGCUCACAGGCGAAAGUGGUACCGGCAAAGAACUGGCCGCCAGGGCAAUACACCAAUACAGCCAUCGUGCCGAUGGGCCGUUCGUCGCUGUAAACAUCGCGUCGCUAAGCGAGUCGCUGGCCGAGAGCGAGUUGUUCGGCCACACCCACGGUGCGUUCACGGGGGCUGAACAAGACCGCGUUGGUCUACUCGUUCAAGCUAACGGUGGCACGCUAUUCCUCGACGAAGUGGCUGACAUCCCACUUCCCUCCCAGGUAAAACUCCUGCGGGCACUCGAACAUGGCGAAGUCGUUCCCGUGGGCUCGGUCGAAUCGAUCAAGACCGACUUCCGCAUCGUCUCCGCCACACACCAAGAUCUACUGAAGAAGGUUCAGGAAGGCACGUUCCGCCACGACCUGUACUAUCGCUUGGCUGCAUUCCGCAUCGAGCUGCCCCCGUUACGCGAUCGCCGCGACGACAUUCAAGACCUGGCCGAACACUUCCUCGCGGCCGCCACACAUGGGCGAGCAGACGCCUCCCGUGCCAUUUCCAAUCGGGCCUUGGCAGAACUUAAGAGCCGCCCUUGGUACGGAAAUGUCCGCGAGCUACGAAACGCCAUCGAACACAGCGUCAUCCUCGCCCGGGGUGGCGUGAUCGAGCCCUAUCACCUGCCCGAACCGAUUGAGUCUUCACCCAUCUCACCGACAGAAGGUGAGCUGCAAGUUGACGAAUCCGUGGCCACGCUCAUUCGCCGUUGGACCGAAGCCCAACUUGCCGACUCGGGAGAAGCUGCCGACCUGUACGAGCAACUUCUCGGGCUCGUCGAACCGCCGUUGCUCGCAGCCGUACUAGAAAAACACCGCGGCCAAUGUGCCGCCGCCGCCCGAAGGCUCGGCAUGCACCGCACCACAUUGCGAAAGAAGUUGGACCAAUACGCGAUCGAAGAGAGCUAA